UUUAAGUAGUACAGAAAUGACUUAUGUUUUAGUCUUAUUUAUUGCAAAUUUCAUUUGUGCAAAACCAAACUCAACCACAUAUGACAUAACCCCAAUUUCCAUUCCGUUUGGAACCCAAACGAAUCAACGAUAGAAACCGUACCCACCAUUGCUUCAUGGUCGCGAGCUUCAUGGCUGGGGAUUCGAGUUCAUGGUCGCGAGCUUUGACGCAGAUCUCUCCUUACACCUUUUCCGCGAUCGGAAUUGCCAUCUCCAUCGGCGUUUCAGUUUUAGGAGCUGCUUGGGGGAUCUAUAUAACUGGAAGUAGUUUGAUUGGUGCUGCCAUUAAAGCUCCUCGCAUUACCUCCAAAAAUCUCAUCAGUGUAAUUUUUUGUGAGGCAGUUGCUAUAUAUGGUGUCAUUGUGGCUAUCAUUCUCCAAACAAAGCUUGAGAAUGUUCCUGCAUCCCAGAUCUAUGCACCAGAAUCCCUCACAGCUGGUUAUGCAAUUUUCGCCUCAGGGAUAAUAGUUGGCUUUGCCAAUCUUGUGUGCGGGUUGUGUGUUGGAGUGAUUGGGAGCAGUUGUGCCUUAUCAGAUGCCCAAAACUCUACCCUUUUUGUUAAGAUUCUGGUGAUUGAGAUUUUCGGCAGCGCAUUGGGACUCUUUGGUGUUAUUGUGGGAAUAAUCAUGUCAGCUCAAGCAUCUUGGCCAUCCAAGGUAUAGAGUGAGAUCUACUUUAAGGAGGCGUUAUAAGAGCGUUUUGUUUUCCCCCGUAUCUUCUUGUUAUGUGUUCUGUAUCAUAGUUGUCUCGCGUGAUUUCGGAAUCUUUAAUUUACACUUUUGAAAUUUACAAGAAUAUUUGUUGUGUUAAUAAUGUACUCUGUUGAAAUUUCAAGUUAUUAAAUUUGUUAUAGUCAAAGGUUUGAUGCUCAAAUAAUUGAACAGAGUUCCAAAAUUUGGUUUGCAAAAAAAGCAUUUUCCAUCU